AUGAGAAACUUGAUAACAGUCCCAAGAGGUGUUAAGGAGCCUGAAUAUGGCAAAAUCCUACUAUCCAAUGUGACCAUUACCAGGAAGCGAAACCUCUUCACGAGCCGUAAAUGGAGGACUGUUGACAUCCAAAUGGGAGUAGGCAUCUUAAGUAUUCAUUUGCUUGCACUUUUCGCUCCAUUUACGUUCACUUGGGAUGCGUUUUGGGCUGCAUUUUGGAGCUACUUAUUGUGUGGAAUUUGCGGCAUAACGCUCUCUUAUCAUCGUAACUUAGCACACCAUAGCCUCAAAUUGCCCAAGUGGCUCGAGUACACAUUCGCUUAUCUUGGAGUUCUAUCUUUUCAGAGGGAUCCAAUAUAUUGGGUUAGCAUUCAUAGAUAUCACCAUCAAUACGUUGAUACCGAAAAAGAUACACACUCUCCCACCUUUGGAUUUUGGUUUAGUCAUAUGGGUUGGCUCUUUGAUAGCGGCUACAUUCUCGAAAAGUAUCAAGAACGAAAAAAUGUAGAGGAUUUAAAAAAGCAAGUGUUUUAUAGGUUCAUUAAGAGAACAUAUAUGUUGCAUCUACUAGCAUUUACGGCGCUUGUUUAUGCUAUCGGUGGAUUUUCUUACCUUGUUUGGGUUGUGGGUGUAAGAACCACUUGGGGAUAUCAUGUGACAUUUCUAGUGAACUCAGUAUGCCACAUAUGGGGAAACCAAGCUUGGAACACCGGUGAUCUCUCAAAGAAUAAUUGGUGGGUAGCAUUGAUCACUUUUGGAGAGGGAUGGCAUAAUAAUCACCACGCAUUUGAGUAUUCAGCUCGACAUGGGUUGAAAUGGUGGCAAAUCGACUUAUGCUGGUAUAUGAUAAGGUUUCUUGAGGUAGUCGGAUUAGCCACCAAUGUUAAGUUGCCGACCGAGGCUCACAAAUUUAAGAAAUCACUUAAGCAGCAAAACAUGCUCAAGUGA